CAACAUUGUCUCUUCGUUGCCUUUUAGGAUGGAUUUCCAGAGAUCCCCAUUUUGCUUCUCUUCCUUCAUCGUCUUCUUCCUUUUACUCUCUUUCGAGCCAAGUCAGGCUUCCAAUGCCGGUCACGGUCUCAGCCGCGAGUCCUUCCCGAAGGGAUUCGUGUUUGGGACAGCAGCAUCUGCUUACCAAGUGGAAGGGAUGGCGCUCAAAGGAGGCAGAGGACCCAGUAUUUGGGACGCAUUCGUUAGAAUCCCAAAUACAAUCGCUGGCAACGCUACUGCUGAUGUUACAGUUGAUGAGUAUCAUCGUUACAAGGAAGAUGUUGAUAUCAUGAAAGAUUUCAAUUUCGAUGCGUAUCGAUUCUCAAUUUCUUGGAGUAGAAUAUUUCCAAAUGGAACGGGUAAAGUCAAUUGGGAAGGUGUAGAUUAUUACAAUAGGCUAAUUGAUUACUUGAUACAACAAGGCAUUACUCCAUAUGCAAAUCUUUAUCACUACGAUCUUCCUUUGGCUCUUAAUGAGGAGUACUUGGGUUGGUUAAGCCCGAAGAUUGUGGAUGCAUUUGCGGACUAUGCCGAUUUUUGUUUUGAGAGAUUUGGUGAUAGAGUCAAGAAUUGGUUCACCUUUAAUGAACCUAGGUGUAUAGCGGCUCUUGGGUAUGAUGAUGGUCUUCAUGCCCCAGGGAGAUGUACUGGUUGUAAAGCUGGGGGAAACUCGACCAUUGAGCCUUAUAUUGCGGCACAUAAUCUUAUCCUAUCUCAUGCAACUGCAGUGAAAAGAUAUCGUGAAAAAUAUCAAAAAGAACAAAAAGGCAUGAUUGGAAUCCUUUUGGAUUUUGUAUGGUAUGAACCUUAUACUUACUCAGUGCAAGAUAAAGCCGCAGCUCAAAGAGCUAGGGAUUUCCACAUUGGAUGGUUCCUUCACCCUCUAACUUAUGGAUACUAUCCAGAAUCAAUGCAAGUCAUUGUCAAAGAAAGACUUCCUAAAUUUAAUGAAGAACAAGUGGAAAUGGUGAAAGGUUCAUACGAUUAUGUGGGGGUCAAUCAAUAUACAUCUUUUUAUAUGAAGGAUGCCGGAGUAGUUGAUCCGAAGCCUGUUAGCUAUCAAGCUGACUGGCAUGUCGAAUACAAAUACGAUCGAGAUGGUGUGCCAAUUGGUCCCCUGGCUAAUUCGUAUUGGCUCUACAUAGUUCCAUGGGGAAUCUACAAAGCCGUGACCUAUGUGAAGGAAACUUACCACAAUCCCGUCAUCAUUCUAGCCGAGAAUGGAAUGGAUCAGCCAGGAAAUGCCACUCUUCCAGAAGUUUUGCAAGAUACAACGAGAGUUAACUACUUCAAGAGUUAUAUAACUAACUUAAAGAGGGCUAUGGAUGACGGCGCUACGGUGAUAGGAUAUUUUGCAUGGUCUCUUCUCGACAAUUUUGAAUGGGCGUUGGGCUACACAUCGAGAUUUGGUAUAGUAUAUGUAGAUUUCAAGAACAAGAAGCGGUUCCCCAAGAAUUCAGCUUAUUGGUUCAAAAAAAUUCUACAAAGAAAGUCGGAUUAAGUGAUCAAGUUCGAUUUAGAUUAAGUUUAUUGGAGUUUUCUUAUUAGGGUUUGUUUAAUAAAAGCACAAUUUAAGUGAAAUCUUUGUGUGCAAAUUAAUUCAAUUUUUGAUCUUUUGCAAUCUUUGUACUAUCCUAUCAUGUAAACAUUGAAGAGCACCGAGUAAGGCAAGUUAUUG